AUGUCUCUACGGGAACAGUGGUGUCACCUCGUGGAGGAGGUGGCUGGCAUCAACAGCACCGAUCCGUUGCCACGAGAGUACACUCCCGUGGAGUACCUUCCGGGCGGACGCGUUAUAUCGGAGGCGGUGCUGCAGCACAUCCGCGCUGCUGCUGCUGAAUUUGAUGCGGAGUCGCGUGCGCUCUUCCACCCUCAAAUGACACCCGAAGAGGGGUAUCAUGCGGCCCCGGCUGUGGCUUGGCAGGGCACAUUUUCCUCCUCGCUCGUCAAGCCGAAUGGGAACACCACUAACAACAACAACAACAGCAGCGAUGAUGAUGAAAAAAAUAACAGUCAUAACAACAGCGGUGACUCUGGCAAGAGGCCGCGUACAUCGAGUUCGGAGGGGCCGAAUUUCUUUGAGGCGUACCGCAGACAUGUGACGGCGGCGGCGGCGGCGACAGAUGUGAAAGGAGGGAGUCGUGAAACGUUAUUUUCGGCCGCCAUCACUGCCGCCGCGGGGUCUAGUGCUUCCCGAUCACUUGGCAGCGCAUCCCGUCUUGCCUCGGGGUUUUUGCUACCGGAGUAUUACUCCCAGAAACACCGUCAGCCCGACUUUAUCCCCACCAUUCUUGUUCCGGCCUCCGUUUCAUCUCUUUUGCAGCUUUUUAACAUUCGAGAUUUUCUGGAGCGUGGUGUCUACAUUGACCCACCGACACUGUUUGUGGAUGAAGAGACGGGGGCUGUAAAUGUGCAGGAAAGCAAGCCAGACACCGUCAUUGUGUCCCCUGGAAGCUUUUUGGAUACGGAAAAGUACACCGUGGCGUAUAAAAUGUUUCGUGUGGUGGAUGAUCCGCAGCAGGUAAAAAAUUGGCAGCAUGUGUGUGCGUGCAUCGUGGAUGGAAACGAGUGGCAGUUUCGUGGUUGGUUUCCCAACGAACCCGCCCCCGUGCCCGUGAGUGAAUUAUUCCAGCGACUCUGUGGCUUCCUGCCGUACCUGGAGGAGGAAAAGCUGCCAAAGGCAUUGCAACAAUGGCACGUUAAGCCACUCCCACUGACGCGUCGUGUUGUCAAAUCGCAUGCGCACAUUCUUCAGGCCUCUGUUUUUUGGGAGCGCUUGUACACGUUCCUGGAGACACAUCCCUUUUUCAAGCUCUUCACGGUGCCGCUUGACUGA